AUGGGCUCCAUCCCAAUGCCAAGCGCCAUGAGAAUCCUCGUCUGCCCUUCCGGCUUCAAGGGAAGUCUCGAGCCCGGCACGGCGGCUGACUGCAUCGAGGCCGGCAUCCUCGCCGUUGAGCCUCACGCCUCGGUCCGUAAAGUCCCGCUCGUUGACGGGGGAGAGGGCUUCACCCGCGCCAUCGUCUCGGCGACCGGAGGCACGCUCCGCCAGGUCCCCGUGACUGGGCCCGUGGGCGAGCCCAUCUCGUCCUUCUUUGGCAUCUUGGGCCGCUCCGGUGGGGAAGAAGCGGAAGAGGCCUGCACUGCUGUGCUGGAAAUGGCUGCUGCCGCCGGUCUCAGCUUAGUGCCCCCCAGCCGCCGCGACCCCGGCAGCACCACCACCUUUGGCGUUGGGGAGCUCAUUCUCGCUGCCCUAGACGCUGGGGCCACCCGUAUUCUCGUCGGAUGCGGGGACUCUGGAACCUGUGAUGGUGGUGCGGGGAUGCUCCAGGCUCUUGGCGCGACUCUACUCGAUACCAACGGGCGCUCUCUGCCAACCGCUCGAGGCGGUGAAUCCCUCCUUGCCCUCGACUCCAUCGAUCUGUCUGGGGUCGAUCCUCGCAUCUGGAAGACCAAGAUUGGCGUUGCUGUCAACUGGCACAACGUCCUCUGUGGACCUGACGGCGUAGCCAACGUCUUUGGUCCGCAGAAGGGAUCUACCCCAGAGCAGACCCAACGUCUCAGCCUCGCCAUGGAGACUCUAGCGGGCGUAGCCAGCCGCAUCCUCUGCGACAAGACUCUCCGACUAGCCCCAGGCGGUGGCGCAUCGGGAGGUCUCGGAACAGGUCUUCGCCUGGUAGGGGCGCACCUUAGACCUAGGUAUGAGAUUGUGAUGCAAUACAUCAACCUCCACAGCAUCUUUGACGAGUGCGACCUGGUCCUGACGGCCGAGGGUGGCAUCGACGACCAAACCCCACGGGGCAAGAUCCCCGCAGAGGUUGCCCGCUUGGCCAAGAAGCACGGCCUCCCCGUCAUCGCCAUCGCGGGGACGAUUGGGCCUGGCGCCAGGGUCAACUACGACAUCGGGAUCGACGCUUUUACUUGCAUCAUCCAGAGGCCCAUGACAUUGGACGACGCCGUUAGCGAGGCCGAGAAGCUGACCAAAGAGAGCGCAGAGUCCGUCAUGAGGAUUGUGGAGGUUGGAAGGAUGCUCGGAAAGACGUAUUGA